CUGCUGGGAUUCAUGCAGGGGGGAGACUGUGGAUACAAAGCUUGUGGCAGGCAGUGAGGAGAUACACCUGAGGACAAAAUAGAAGGAGUGUGGGAGACAAACAGCCAAGUACAUACACAAGCCACAGAGGGAAAGCUUGCUUUUUUUUUCUUUUUUUUUUUUUUAAAAAGAGAACAGAGCCAUCUAGAGGAUGAAGUGUGUUGCUGUUGUUGUAUUGCUGAGUCUUCUUUCACUGGGACACUCAGCUCCUGUGAGCAGCUGUGACAGUCUGGUAAAACCAAUAACUAUCAGCAAUGAAGAAAUGUUGGGUAGGUGGCUGUACAUCGGUGGGAGCUCUGACCUCCCGGGAAGCCGCUCCCUGGGCCACCUGCUGACCAGUGCCUGGCUGGACAUCACUGCGACCACCCAAAGCAACAUCCUCAAUCUCAUCCAGACUCAGAGAAUAUAUGGUGAAUGUUCGAGCUUAGCAUACAACGUGACCUUUGAAAACAGCACAAUGUUAAUUGAGCAACCUUUCUACCUCAAGGAAGAAUAUCUGACGACCGACUGCUCCGACUGUUUGGUUGUCUAUGAAAAAGUCACCUCUGGCAAAGACACUUUUACCAGUCUUCUGCUUUUUAGCAGGAGAAAGAGUGUCUCACCUGAUGUUCUGGAGGUGCUCAAGAAACAAGCAGAAUGUCUCCACAUGCCAUCGCCCAUCAUGAUAGACCCAAACUAUGAAAUUUGCCCAGACAACAUCCCGCCCUCAGAGGGACUGAGCGCCCUCAACUCCCUAUUAGAGGCAAAGAUGGGACAUCGAGUUGCGAAGGUUCUGGAUUCUCUUUUUGAUUUGUUUGUGAACUGAUUUAUGCUUAGUUUUGAUUUCCACUAAAGUCUUUUUUUUUUGAGGAAGCCUAGAUUUUUUUUUCUGAUA